AGUUGGCUCGAGUUGCUUCUUGUCGUUUUUAUCUGCUGCCCAGCGCCCGUCCACGGCAAAUGAAAAAUUUACACGUCAACAUAGCAGAAGUCGGGACAAAUUAUGUAUUAGAAUUUUGUUGAUUGAUUGUUUUUACACGUUUUUAAACUAUUUUGACACAUGAUGCACUAUUAUUAAUAUUAUUGGCUAUUUUUUGAAUGAAGGCUCUUCAAAUAACCGUCACCCAAGACGGCGAUAGGAGAGAACCCGAGCUAGGCAGCCGGAAGGGACACGGAUACACGAGCAUUGAUAUCAGUGAAAAACACGGUCGAAGUAACAGCCGGUCUCAGACAGACGACGACAGCAUGCAAGGCUCUUCAACUAAACUCAUUGUCUGCUUUUUUGGCAUAUUUAUAUGUUACUUCUACUAUGGAAUUGUACAAGAAAAAGUGACAAGAAGUACAUAUGGAGAGGGAGACAGGUUUACAGACUUUUUUUGUUUAGUUUUUUUUCAGUGCAUUGUAAAUGCCAUGUUUUCAAAAGCUGCAAUUGCCAUUACUAAGCCUGAACCAGACCCAACAACAUGGAAGCUGUAUGCUGUGUGUUCAACCACAUACUUAGGUGCAAUGGUUGCCAGUAACUCAGCUUUGAAAUAUGUCAGUUACCCAUUGCAAGUUUUGGGCAAGUCAUGUAAACCAAUUCCAGUCAUGAUUCUUGGUGUUUUAAUAGCUCAGAAACGUUAUCCCCUUCGCAAGUAUUUUUUUGUGUUGUUCAUUGUUUUUGGUGUUGCACUAUUUAUGUACAAAGGGGAUUCUCCCAGCAAAGGAAAUGCUGAUCAUGCAUUUGGUUUUGGAGAGAUCUUAUUGAUGGUCUCCCUGACCCUAGAUGGUCUAACUGGUGCCUCUCAAGAUAAAAUGCGUGGCGAAUACAAAACAUCUCCAUAUCACAUGAUGUUUAAUAUUAAUAAGUGGUCCGUCCUUUUUCUAUUCAUUAUUUGUAUAGUAACCGGGGAAUUAUUCCAUUUUAUGGAAUUUGUAGCAAAGUAUCCAAACACAAUUGUAAAUAUUCUUCUAUUUGGCUUAGCAAGUGCCUUGGGACAGAGUUUUAUUUUCACAACAGUAUCGUCCUUCGGACCGCUGACAUGUUCAAUCAUCACUACAACACGCAAGUUCUUCACAAUCCUUGGCUCUGUUAUACUCUUCAAUAAUCCACUUAUAUACCGUCAGUGGAUUGGAGUUGUCUUUGUGUUUGUCGGUCUGGGACUCGAUAGCAUGUACGGCAAAACAAAAAAGAAUUAAUAUAGUAUCUGAUAUGUAUUCUGUAUGUGUGAAAUUUCUGUGAACAAAAUAGUUGAAAAACAUUUGUAUAAAAACAUAUUGUAUAUUUCAAGCAUUUUGUUUACUUAGUAAACUUUUUUGAUUAUUAUAUAGAUUUUUGGUAUCCAAUGAUUUCAAAACACCACUGCCAGGGUUCUCUCUCACUAAGCCAAAAAUAUGACAAUGUAAUUCCUGUACCUAAAAAUCUUUGUUGGAUACAAGGUACUUAAUACCUUCGCAAAGUUUUAGAAUUGUUGAUUUGCUUCUCUUGUACACCUGUUUGGAAUGCCUGCUCCUUUUCUCUAGCUGGCCUAUGUUCCAAGAAUAGAAUUUUAAAAAUAACUACUACAACUAUAAAAUUAGUUGGGACAUUUUAAAUCUCAUUCCAGUUUGUUUACUUCAAUAGUUCAUAUUUUUCUAUUUUCUUCCAGAUUUUAAAAAAUUGUUGUUUUUCCGUUUUAUUCUUCUUCACUUCGCGAUUGUUGCAGGAAAAUUUCAUUUUUUUAGUCUUUAAUCUUGUUAAUGUACUGACUUUUUUCGCUUUUUUGAGGCAAUGGAAAUAAAGCAUCUCAUGAAUAUUCAUAUUGCCCAAUAAUCGGUUGGUUGAUCUUUCUGGUUUUUUUACACUUUUGUAUUUAACAUUUCAGUUUAUUGUUUGAAAUUACUCAUUGUAAAGAUGAUCAAUGGAUUAACAUAAAAUGAUAGAGGGUCGCUGGAUGUUUUACCUUAUGUAAUAUAUUAAUAAAAUAAUACCACCAUAAUAUUUAAUUUUUUAAAUUUCUUAAACAUCAUUUAUUAUUGUUGCUUACAUUGGCAGUGCCAUUACUAAUUCUUUAGUACUAUGAAGUGUCCCCCCUUAUUAGGAGUGUCCCGAAGAGGGUGUCUACAGUAUUCCUGAAUUUUUCAGCUUAAGGUUAUUAGUACUUACUAUUUUUGUUAAUGCUAAUAAUAUUAAUAAUAGUGUAUUUUUACAUCUAACUGAAUAUAAUACCUGUGAGAGAAAUAUGAAUAAUUUAUCAUGUGACCAAUAUAAAAGUCAAAAUUUUAUAAAGUAAAUUGUUGAAUAAUAUCAUAAAUAUAUUGAAUUGUAUACUAAAAUUAAUGCUGUAUCUCCUGAUAAACAGAGCCUAAAUUUAAAAGAAGUUCAUUUGCAAAGAAUACUUCUAAAAUCUUUAUAUUGUGUAAGAUGUUUUAUGAAUUGAAGAUUUUCUUUCUUUUUUAGGAUAAUAAUUUAUGUAAGUUAUUAACAUUUGUUAAAUAAAUUAGAACAAUAAUUUAUUUUUCAUGCCAUCUAAAAAAUGCAUUACUGUUUGGUUGGUACAGUAAUCAAUAAAAGUCUCCCUCUAAUUAAAGACCAUUCCAAAAUGAGCAUCAGUUUUAUUUUGUUAUAAUCAUUUUUCUAAUUAGAAAAGUGUUCUUUAAUUUGAGGGGAGACCUGUAUCUUAUUUCUGUUUCAAGACUUUUUUUGCAUACCGCCCUCAUAGGCAUCAGUUUCUAAUUGACUGUCAUUCUUUAAGUUAUUACAUUCAUGCAAAUUUCACUUGGAAAUAAAUGGCUUUUACUACUUGUACUAGCUGUAAUAUAAACGGUGGUAUUUGUAUUUAUUAUUGUGUUAUGGGAAUAAACGGAAAACAGAACAUG